AUUUUCUUAUUUUUUGUUGUUGUUUUCUCGACGACAUACCAUUAAGAGCUCUUUUUUGAAAUGAGUUUUGCUGUUCACGAUAGUCAACCUACACAAGCAUGGACUGGGAUGCAUUCCAAGAAGAGAAAACAUGCAGUGAUAAGUCGACAUGAGAAUAACGAGAUUCAUGAUCUUCGUUCUAAUACCCUUGAAUCAUCAAGAAAAGAGCCCACUCGAGUUGUGUAUAAACGUACUACGCCUACUCAAAGUCGAGGAGCUUCACCUGACUCUGGUGUCUCGACUGUGAAUCAAUUCUUGAUCGAUGGCAAUGCACCAGUUCAACCUCAUCCGACAUUAGUAGCUAAAAAGACAGAAGUACGCCAUGGUCCUGGUAGACACAGAUCAGUUGACAUAAAAGGACUUAUUAUGGAGUUGAUUGAUGAAACAUAUCCUCCUACGGUUUGCCCUACAUGUUUAUAUACGGCCUCUGGAAGGUCCGACGCCGAUCUACAUUUCAAAACUGAACAUCAUGGAAACAAAGCAUUCAAAUGUGUGGACCCUACCUGUGAGCAAGCUUAUUCCUCUAAGCCUGGUUUAAGAUAUCAUCUGGAACAUGCUCACAAGGUUACUUUAGUCUCGGAUACAUCAGAAAGGUAGACUUCAACCCUAAAUAGACUUCAUAUACCCCUAAUACCCUCCUCCCUUCUUUCUCUUUAGUCCACGAAGAUCAGAUCGAUGUAGUACAUCAUCACCUAUAACAAGAGAAUCAAACAAGAAAUUAAGAAAGCAAGAGGUAUCACCACAUCUCCAGCAAAAAUUGGAUGAGGUAUAUGAUGUGACCACUUGCCCUUCCUGCAGAGAGAAAUUUAAACGCAAGACACACGUUAUUCGACAUUUGGUUGAAGUACAUCAUGGAGAAGAACCUUAUAGAUGUAUUGUUUCUGGUUGUAAACGUACAAAGGCAUAUGCUACUAGGGAAGGGCUUGUUUAUCAUUUAGUUAGCUAUCACGACGAAUUGCAACAAUCACAAUAAUAAAAAAAAAGAAUUAUAUUUAGAAU